GUUGACAUAAAGCAAAGCUACAGAGACAAAAGCAUUAAAUAACAAUCUUUUGUCGAAAUCUGAAGAUAUUUCCUUAAGCGCGUUGCUUCUCUGUCUCCUCCAUUCUAUCUAUAUCAUCUCUGUCUUCGCUCUAAGCUUUCCUGUCAAAAACAAAAUUCAAUUCCCCACGUCUGUCUUACCAAAAUAAACACACACAACAAUAAAACCGACCUUAGCUUAGCUUAGACUCAUUACUCAUUACAAGAGAUAUACUUUACAGGUAAAAAAAAUUCUCUUGUUUAAUUAUUAUUAUAAUCGCUAAAUUUGGGAUAAAAAUGUCUAUUCUUGAUCAUUUCCUCUCUGUAUCUCUCUGCUUUUGACACCUUCUCUUAGCUGUUUUCAUCUUUUAUCUCUGUUUUUAAAAUCUUUUGCCUCUUUCAAAGGGUUUCGAGUUGUUUUGAGUUCUUUGGGUUUCCCAAAUUUCUCCACGAGCUCGACCCCUUUCGUAUCUUCCUUCUCAUUUUUUUUGCCAAAUUCAUUCGAUCCGUCUUUCACUAUGUAUCCGAUGGAUUCUGACUAUCAUCGUCGUGGUCUGGUGGCGAACGAUCGUUCACCAGCUCACUUUGUUAGACUGGAUAAACCGAGAGCCGUAGACGAUCUCUAUAUAGGCAAGAGAGAAAAGAUGCGUAGGUGGUUGUGCUGUGCUUGCCACGUUGAAGAACCUUACCAUUCUUCUGAAAAUGAACACCUCAGAAGCCCUAAGCACCACAAUGAUUUUGGGCAUCACACUAGAAAACCACAGGCAGCUGUGAAGCCUGAUGCUUUGAAGGAGCCUCCAUCUAUUGAUGUGCCUGCAUUGUCAUUGGAUGAGCUGAAAGAAAAGACCGAUAAUUUUGGAUCAAAGGCAUUGAUUGGUGAAGGAUCUUACGGAAGAGCCUACUAUGCAACCUUGAAAGAUGGGAAAGCUGUGGCGGUGAAGAAGCUUGAUAAUUCAGCUGAACCUGAAUCAAAUGUUGAGUUCUUGACUCAGGUCUCGAGGGUUUCCAAGCUGAAGCACGAUAAUUUUGUUGAGCUCUUCGGUUAUUGUGUUGAAGGGAACUUCCGCAUUCUUGCUUAUGAGUUUGCCACUAUGGGAUCUUUACACGACAUCUUACACGGGAGGAAAGGAGUCCAAGGAGCACAACCAGGUCCGACGCUUGAUUGGAUCCAACGGGUCAGAAUAGCAGUUGAUGCAGCUAGAGGACUUGAGUAUUUACAUGAGAAAGUUCAACCUGCGGUAAUACACAGAGAUAUUCGAUCUAGCAAUGUGCUUCUCUUUGAAGACUUUAAAGCCAAGAUCGCUGAUUUUAAUCUAUCGAAUCAAUCUCCUGAUAUGGCUGCUCGUCUUCAUUCUACCAGAGUUUUGGGAACCUUCGGUUACCAUGCACCAGAGUAUGCUAUGACUGGUCAACUGACACAGAAGAGUGAUGUUUAUAGUUUUGGUGUCGUGUUAUUGGAGCUCUUGACUGGUAGGAAACCUGUUGAUCAUACGAUGCCUCGUGGUCAGCAAAGUCUUGUCACUUGGGCUACUCCGAGGCUAAGUGAAGACAAAGUGAAGCAAUGUGUUGACCCAAAACUGAAAGGAGAAUAUCCUCCUAAAGCUGUUGCAAAGCUCGCGGCAGUAGCAGCGUUGUGUGUGCAGUAUGAAUCAGAGUUUAGGCCGAACAUGAGCAUUGUGGUAAAAGCUCUUCAACCAUUGUUGAGGUCAUCAACAGCAGCAGCUGUUCCAGUCCAGGAAACCUGAUUCUUCUGUGCCAUAAUGAUAAUGGAAGAUUGGUUUCUGUUUCAAUUGUUGCCAUACCGUAUAAAUGUGUUCUUAAAGAGAGUCUUUUUGUCUGAGGCUUUUCUUCAGUUGGGAUGUAUAUGUUUUUAUUAAGGUGAUGAGUAGUGAUUUGGUGUGUCUUUUCAAAUGUUUGGUGGAGUCUGUUUCUUUCUUCUUAUAACAAUCUAUUCUAUAUCUGGUUUUGUUUUUUUUUGGGCUUUUUGCUCUUUCUUCUUUUAUAUGCUUUCUUGUCAUAACAUAAUACUAAUUAUAAGUUUUUUCAUA